AUGCGAUUUGUGGCCGAACCGCUCUACCAACUGAGCCACAGCCGCCCCAAUUAUGCUAACUGCUUUGUUCGUGUAUUUGAGCGCAUGGAAAGGGACCCGGCGCAGGAGAGUGGUGGGCCCACUGAACUGACUGAGCAUAAAAUAAGGCAGUUGCUGCUGGAGCUGUGCCAUAGAGCAGGUGGCAGCCAGCACCUCCGGCAAAUCCAUCACAGCAUCCAGCUCAAUGAGGCACUGUUGAAGUCCAUUCUAACAACUCUUCCAGAGAUGGAUGCAGAGUCUUCUUUAGGAUGUGUCAUUUUCUUCUCUGAAGCAAACGGUCCAAACUGCCAUAUAUCCCAGUUCAACCCUUUUACUGAGUGUAAUUCAAUCGGUUGUAACAAAUUUGAUCAGGCUGCUAUGGGUGAGAGUGAGUGGGACUGGGCCCAACUGCUGCCAGCCUAUCAGAGCAUGAGUCAGGUGACCUUCACGAUGCUGCUCGCAAACAGAUGGGAGAUGCAAGAUGCUGCAGCACUAGAGGAUGAAGAGGACAUUUUCGUGGAUCAUUUAAAGAAGAUUUACUUGAACAAGAAAUUAAACAUAUCAGAAAGCCCCAAAGACUGUUUAAAGUUUAUGCUAUGUCAUUGCAUUGCAUGUUGUGGUUCUGGUUCUUUGCAGAAGAAUAAUAAUCCCAAUAUAAGACUGACAUAUAAAAAACUGGCAUAUUACAAAUAA